UUCCUGUUGAUAUCGCCAUCGAGGCCACAGAUCAGAGCCAAACAGCCCCUACGCUCCAUUGCAUCUAUUCUUCCGUUCAGUGAUCGGCCGGUGAAAUUCUCUUCAUUUUAUAUUCAGAAAAGUCACUCGAACUCUCUCAGUUUUUCACUUCUGCACAGCAUUUACUUCAUUUUUCUUCAAAAGCUGUGUGGUUUGACUUGUUUCUUCAGGAAACUUAAAAUGGGUGUUGGAAUAUCUGUGCUGAUAGGGAUAAAGGCAGCAACUUUAUUCAUAAUUUUUGUGUAUCUUAGGAAUCUUGGUUUCAUUUUGCUAUCAUUCCCUGUUCUCUAUGCAUCACUUAUAUCUUUAUUGGUUUCAAUAGCCUCUAACCCAUUAAUCAAUCUCCCAAUCCUAUUGGGCAAAGGCUCUGAUGGGACUUUCCCACUAUGGUCCCUUGUCAUGUUCAGCCCAUACUUGUACUUUGUGAGGGCCUUCUCAGCAUUGAGAAGGCUAAGAAGUGGGGAGCCUCCUUAUUCUGAGAUAUGUGAAGGUUUGUAUGUAGGGGGGUGGCCUUCUUCACCUGAUAAACUGCCACCUGGUAGACCUGCUAUUAUUGAUUGCACUUGUGAGUUGCCAAGGAAGUUGGAGCUCUCUGGAAAUCAUGCAUACUUGUGUGUUCCAACAUGGGAUACUAGGUCACCCCAGCCAGCUGAUAUUGAGGCUGCUGUGAAAUGGGCUUGUCGAAAAAGAGCUCAGAAGAUCCCGGUUUUCGUUCAUUGUGCAUAUGGUCAUGGGCGAAGUGUUGCAGUCAUGUGCGCGCUGUUAGUAGCUCUGGGCAUUGCAGACGACUGGAAAACUGCUGAAAAGUUGAUCCGAGAAAGGAGGCCUUAUAUCAGGAUGAACGCUCUCCACCGCAAAGCUUUAGAAGAAUGGUCAAAGGAUCGGAUCUCUUUUCCCCAGAAACACGAAGUCGGUGUUAGUUCUGUGAUCAUGUCUAGUCAUACUGAACACUCCUGAUCCUACUGGUUUGGCAUCAUAGUGAAGUUGACUCCUUUUCAUAGUUGUAUAUUGAACUCAACAUUAUCCACACCAUACCCAUUGUUUGGCAUCUUUCAUUUUAGAGAUGUGUCCUGAAGGGAUUCUUAUAAUAUGUAUGUUUGAGAUGUUUAAAUAAAUUUUACUUCAAAUUCUCCACUUUUACUA